AUGGCGGAGAUCGUGAGGUCUGCAGUUGCCGAGGAGAUAGCGAAGCAAAUCGUCUCCGGCAUCCUGGACAAGCUGGGACGGAAACCGAAUGAGGAGGAGGAGCACCUGGAGCGGCUGGAGAUGGCACAAAUCAAGCUGGAGGCCGCGCUGGAGACCUCCGACAAGUGGCGGAUCAGCGACGCGUCUCUCCUCCGCUGGCGCAAGAAGCUGAAGCGCGCCGCUCAGGAGUGCGACGACACGCUGCGCCGGUGCAAGCAGCGCGCCGUGGCCGUGGACGACCAAGAGAAGCAUCAGCGGGUGGCCGUGAGGCACUCGUGCUCGUCCUUGCCGACACGGCUCGCCCACGCCACCAAAUCCUUCGUCUCCUCCAUCCUCAGCGGACGCAACAGGACCGACGACGACGACGGGUACGGCUGGAGCGGCGGCAACGCCGUACGGAGAUUCGAGUGGUUCGCGGACGGCGCCGCCGAGUUCCUGCGGUUCGUGGAGCUUGGCGGCACGCCGUGGCCGCGGUACACGUUCUUCGACCCUCUCAUCGCGCGCCUGCUCGCUGGCUACGAGGCGAGGUACAGGCUCGUCCGCGGAAGCCAGUACUACCUGUUCUGCGUGCGUCCCAUCGUCCUGGAAGGCCGUGGCACGGAGGCGAAGCUCAUCUUCUUCUACGAAGACGACGACGUGCCGGAGAAGAACCUGUGCAUCGGCUCCAUGCUGCGGCUUUCGGAGAGCACGGACGUUGUCGGGAUCACGAUCAAGUGCCUGCAGCUGCUGGUGACGCCGCAUUUCAAGUCCACGGCUGAAGCCGCGACCAGGGAGCUCGCUAACCUUCCGACGCAGGACUUCUCCUGGGUGCCCUACGGUGGCUCCACUCACAGAGAGCACUGGGACAGCAUCCACAGAGACAUGAGCCAGUGGUUCCGGCCGGACCCGCUGUGCUGCAACCACCAUGAGCCCUGUCGUCCCUGUGAGAGCAAUGCAGCAAGCACAGUGAGGCCAUCGCAUUCACAGGUGUCUCUGGAAUCAGUCAUCGAGGUGUACUGGCAGUGCCAGGUCCCACUGUCCGAGUACAACAUGCUGCAGAGGAAUGCAGUUGUUGAAGGUCCAACGACUUCUUCAGAAGACAUGCCAUACCUGAAACUUGGUCUCCUGUUCACACCCCAUGGCUCUUUAGGAGACUUGACGCCGAAAGCCGAGUCGUCGGCGCUGGAGGUGAUCGACGGGGAGGAGCAGCGUGGUACGCACACCAACCUUAGCCUGCGGCAGCUGGACGAGACCAUGCUGCCGAAGGCGCUGCAAUGUCUCUACCAGAAGACAGAGGCGAUGGCGUACCAGAUGCUCUGGAAAUCCAAGCAUGGCGCGGCGUACCUUCAGGUGAGGAAGACGACGCCACGGAGGAAUUGGAAGGGAGAUAACAAGAACAGAAGGUUGCUAAUGCAGCGAUAUCAUCAAGACCCAAAGCUGGAGAGAUGGACACAUGUUCUCACAAACUUUCUCAAUUUGUGGGUUGCGCGCGUACCUGAUGAUAGGCUGCGCAGUUCAAUGACCCAAUGGUUGCAGAGGGCAAAUGAGAAGCAAUUGGCAGUUCUGCGUUGUUAA